GAGCUAUAGAAGACCAUGAAUUAGUGAUGGAAGUCCAGUCAAACUGGGGGAUGGAAGAGGAAAACAAAUUUUAUUUUAGAAAAAAUUAUGUCAAAUAUGAAUUUUUUAAAAAUCCGGUGAGUUUUUUUCCUGAUCAUAUGAUAUCUUUUUCAAGUGAGACCAAUGCAGCUGUAAAACACUCUGGGAUAUUACAGAUGUUCCUAAGCUCCAGCACGUAUCCUGAGAUUCAUGGUUAUUUACAUGCAAAAGAGCAGGGAAAAAAAUCAUGGAAAAAAUUAUACUUUGUUUUGAGAAGAUCUGGCCUUUAUUUUUCCACUAAAGGUACAUCUAAGGAGCCAAGGCAUCUGCAGUUUUUCUGUGAAUUCAGCAAUAGUGAUAUAUACAUGUUUUUGACAGGCAAAAAGAUUUCUGGAGCACCAACAAGCUAUGGAUUCUGCUUUAAGCCUAACAAAUCAGGAGGAACCAGAGACCUGAAACAACUCUGUGCGGAUGAUGAACAAAGUAGGACCUGUUGGAUGACAGCAAUAAGGUUGUUUAAGUAUGGCGUGCAGCUGUAUCAGAAUUUCACGCAACCAUAUCAAGGUAGAAGUGGCUGCAGCCCUUUGAGUAUGACACCUAUGGUAUGUCCCACAUAGCUCCAUGAGUAAAUACAUUGUUUCUGUAAUGAUGCUAUUUUAAAGUGACUUUUGUCAGUAACACUACUGACCUAAUCCUGCAAAUUUUAAAUGUGUUUUGCAUGUGUGAAAUCUUUAGGGACAUCAGGGUAGAUGAGAGAACUAAUUAAUUAAUUUACUUAUUUGAUACAAGUUGGACAGUUCAGACCAGUUAGCAGGCUUUUCUCUUUUGUCAAAUAUUCAGUAUUUGGGGAGUUUAUUGGAUUAUUAUCACUAUCAAAGAGGAUUUUAAAAAAGUAGCAGAACUAUAAAUGCAUUAAAAACAAAUCAAGUGUUGAAGGUUACACAUAUUGUAAAUGAUGAAUAAAAAACCUUUAGAAACUCUUUUU